GAGGCCGAUGAGGCCAGGCGUGCGGGCCAUAAGCAUGUUCGGGCGCGGGCGGCGGCGCAAUGCGCGGGAGCGGGCGCGUGUGCGGCCCGGGCGCGGGUGCGAGUGCAGGGCGCGUGCCGGCGGCGCUGGGCCGGCUGGGCCCGCGCCCGCUCCCGCGUAGGUGUGGGCGCGCUCCUGGCGGCCCGGAGGCGCAGAUCUCGCGUGCGCUCGCCGCCCCGCGCAGCCCGGCCCCCGCCCGCCCGCCCGCCGCCCGCUGAGGUCCCCGCACCCGCACCCGCCCGCCGGAGCCGCCGCCGUGCCCGCUAGCGAGCGGAGCCCGAGCCGCCGCCGCCCGAGCGCAGCAGAGCGCACGCCGAGCUGCCGCCAUGGCCACCACGGUCACCUGCACCCGCUUCACCGACGAGUACCAGCUCUACGAGGAUAUUGGCAAGGGGGCUUUCUCUGUGGUCCGCCGCUGCGUCAAGCUCUGCACUGGCCAUGAGUAUGCAGCCAAGAUCAUCAACACAAAGAAGCUGUCAGCCAGAGAUCACCAGAAGCUGGAGAGAGAAGCUCGAAUCUGCCGUCUGCUGAAACACUCCAACAUUGUCCGCCUGCAUGACAGCAUCUCGGAGGAGGGCUUCCACUACUUGGUCUUUGAUCUGGUCACUGGUGGGGAGCUCUUUGAGGACAUCGUGGCACGAGAGUACUACAGCGAGGCUGACGCCAGCCACUGCAUCCAGCAGAUCCUCGAGGCUGUCUUGCACUGCCACCAGAUGGGGGUGGUCCACAGGGACCUCAAGCCAGAGAACCUCCUCCUGGCUAGCAAGUGCAAAGGGGCGGCUGUGAAGUUGGCAGACUUCGGCCUGGCCAUUGAGGUUCAGGGAGACCAGCAGGCUUGGUUCGGGUUUGCUGGCACACCGGGAUACCUGUCCCCCGAGGUCCUCCGCAAAGAAGCUUAUGGCAAGCCAGUGGACAUUUGGGCAUGCGGGGUGAUCCUGUACAUCUUGCUGGUGGGCUACCCCCCCAUUCUGGAUGAGGACCAGCACAAGCUGUACCAACAGAUCAAGGCGGGAGCCUAUGAUGUGGAGCAGAUGUUCGCGCUGGCACCCAUGGACUUGGUGGGAGACAUCGACUACAAGUCCCUGUGCUAUAUCAUCACCCAUGGCGAUGAGAAGGAGGAGUGA